ACGAGGCCUCCCAGGGGUGCCUAGGCCUGUGGGACCCGCCCCUCGGAGGCGGUUCGAGGGCCCUGGGCGGAGGGAGGGCCUGGGAAGGGUUCUCUCAGAAGUGUUUGUCGAAUGCAAGAGAGCUUGUCCCCUACAUCUCGAGGACAGCGUCAGCCAUUGAAGGUCUUCGAGCUCACAGUCAUAGGUUAGGUUUGGCUUUCGUAUAGGUCGCUGCGCCGCAGAGUGGAAGUGGAAGGAGAGAACCCUUACCAUGCUCACCAAGCAUCUGCCACUUCCCAGGCACUGCACUAACGGCUGAGAGCACUGCAGUGAGCAAGGCUCAGUUCCUUCUUAUGCAAAGGCAUUACAGUCAACUCCUGUGCACACCUUUGAACUCAGUGCGAGGUCUGCCCAGUAAACACUGACAAGAUCAUCUAGCUGGGCCUCUACAACUGAGAGCCAAUGGCAGGGGAUAGAGCCAAACCAUGGGAGCUGGACCAAGAGAAAUACGAUGCUGAUGACAACGUGAAGAUCAUCUGCCUAGGGGACAGUGCAGUGGGCAAGUCCAAACUCAUGGAGAGAUUUCUCAUGAAUGGAUUCCAGCCACAGCAGCUGUCCACAUAUGCUCUGACUCUGUACAAGCACACAGCCACCGUGGAUGGCAAGACCAUUCUUGUGGACUUUUGGGACACAGCAGGCCAGGAGCGCUUCCAGAGCAUGCAUGCCUCCUACUACCACAAGGCCCACGCCUGCAUCAUGGUGUUUGAUGUGCAGAGGAAGGUCACCUAUAAAAACCUGAGUACCUGGUAUGCAGAGCUUCGGGAAUUCAGGCCAGAGAUCCCAUGCAUCGUGGUAGCCAACAAAAUUGAUGCGGAUAUAAAUGCGACCCAAAAAAGCUUCAAUUUUGCCAGGAAGUUCUCUCUGCCCCUGUACUUUGUCUCAGCUGCUGAUGGUACCAAUGUCGUGAAGCUCUUCAAUGAUGCAAUUCGAUUAGCUGUAUCCUACAAACAGAAUUCCCAGGACUUCAUGGACGAGGUUUUGCAGGAGCUUGAGAACCACAGCUGGGCAAAUGCAGGGCCAGGCCUCACCUGUGACCUUGUUCACAGAACUUCAAGUUGAAGCAGAAAGAGGAGGAUGCACCCGACCAAGACCAGAGUAGCAGGAUCGAACGCCCAUCCCCCUCCUGAUCAGAGGGCUGCCUCUCAUGGCUGACUUGGGGAUGUAUGGGGGAGCCUUUGGGAAUACCCCUCCAGCUCUGAAUGGAAAAUCUCCUGGCCACCCCUGCUCAGCCUCCCAUAAACUCGCCCUAUAAUAUAGGAUGAGAUUAGCAAUAGCAUCCUGGACAGGUAUGUGGUCCCCCAGACCUGCUGGCAACAGAAUUAGGGAUUGGUGUCUUUCAUACCUCCCAUCCCACCCUGAGCUGGCCAGUGGAAGGAACCAGAAAACAUAAUUGGGUGUCUCUUCACAGUAAACACACAUUUAGGUGGUU